GAAGCGGGGCGCCUGGGGCACCGCCUCCACUGUGUGCCCUCCCCCGCCACUCCUACUGGCUGGGCAAAUCCCAGCGUCUCAGCCGCCUAAGUGUCUUCCCCGGAGGUGAGAUUAUCUCAGCCUGUGCUGGACACCGCCUUUUCUCCUCCAACUUUUCCUCCUCCAACCAUGGAUGCCGCUUUGCUCCUGAACGUGGAAGGGGUCAAGAAGACCAUUCUGCACGGGGGCACGGGCGAACUCCCAAACUUCAUCACCGGAUCCCGAGUGAUCUUUCAUUUCCGCACCAUGAAAUGUGAUGAGGAGCGGACGGUGAUUGACGACAGCAGGAAGGUGGGCCAGCCCAUGCACAUCAUCGUCGGGAACAUGUUCAAGCUGGAGGUCUGGGAGAUCCUGCUCACCUCCAUGCGGGUGCACGAGGUGGCCGAGUUCUGGUGCGACACCAUCCACACAGGGGUCUACCCCAUCCUGUCCCGGAGCCUGCGGCAGAUGGCCCAGGGCAAGGACCCGACGGAGUGGCACGUGCACACGUGCGGGCUGGCCAACAUGUUCGCCUACCACACACUGGGCUAUGAGGACCUGGAUGAGCUGCAGAAGGAGCCUCAGCCUCUGAUCUUUGUGAUUGAGCUGCUGCAGGUUGACGCCCCGAGUGAUUACCAGAGGGAGACCUGGAACCUGAGCAAUCACGAGAAGAUGAAGGUGGUGCCCGUCCUCCAUGGAGAAGGAAAUCGGCUCUUCAAGCUGGGCCGCUAUGAGGAGGCCUCGUCCAAGUACCAGGAGGCCAUCAUCUGCCUAAGGAACCUGCAGACCAAGGAGAAACCCUGGGAGGUACAGUGGCUGAAGCUGGAGAAGAUGAUUAAUACCCUGAUCCUCAACUACUGCCAGUGCCUGCUGAAGAAGGAGGAGUACUAUGAGGUGCUGGAGCACACCAGUGACAUUCUCCGGCACCACCCAGGCAUUGUGAAGGCCUACUAUGUGCGUGCCCGGGCUCACGUGGAGGUGUGGAACGAGGCCGAGGCCAAGGCAGACCUCCAGAAAGUGCUGGAGCUGGAGCCGUCCAUGCAGAAGGCAGUGCGCAGGGAGCUAAGGCUGCUGGAGAACCGCAUGGCGGAGAAGGAGGAGGAGGAGCGGCUGCGCUGCCGCAACAUGCUGAGCCAGGGGGCCACGAAGCCUCCCGCAGAGCCACCUGCAGAGUCAUCCACAGAGCCACCCGCUGAGCCGCCUGCAGGGUCAUCCACAGAGCCUCCCGCUGAGCCGCCUGCAGGGUCAUCCACAGAGCCACCUGCAGAGUCACCUGCAGAGCCAUCCCUGUCCCCAGGGCACCCACUGCAGCACUGACCCCCUGAGGCCCACGGCCAGCCUGGCACCCAGGCAGGGAGCAAGUGGCCCAGUCACUUCUGGCUCAAUUGACCAGGAUUGUGGUGUUGUGUUUUGAAAUUUAAAAUUAAUCUUUGAAAUCAAAAUCAGACACGCCUAUGGUAAAAAAAAAAAAAAAUCCAAAGGGCACAGAAGAACUUACGAAUGAAUAAAAGUGGUUUUCUCCCCUACCCGUCCCAUUCUUUCCGUGCCAUGGUUUUAACUGACACUGUUUUUUGUUCUUCUGGUAGUUUUCUCUAUUUCCAAGUAAUCUGUUUAAACCAGUUUCUCCACCUGUUGAUUUUACCCCGUGUCAAUGACAAAUGAGGAUCUGAUGCUCUGAUCCUUUCUCAUCCCUGCUACCCCUCCCUGUCUCCCCAUUUUGGAUAGUUACAUUUGCGGGUCAUUUCUUGGUUAGUUUUGCAACUUUAUGCAGGACACCUAGAACUCUCUAGAAUCCCACUGACUUUAAUGGGUCUUGAUGUAGGGUGAGCAAGCCCCAAAACUGGAGCUUAGCCUGAGUGGGUUCUUGGCUUCCCCCAGGAGAGAUUUCACGGGCAAGCCACUGGUAGGGCAGAAGAAAACAGCUGUGGCCGGGAGUGGUGGCUCACGCCUGUAAUCCCAGCACUUUGGGAGGCUGAGGUGGGCAGAUCACCUGAGGUCAGGAGUUUGACACCAGCGUGGCCAACAUGGUGAAACCCCAUUUCUACUAAAUAUACAAAAAAUUAGGUGGGUGUGGUGGCAUGUGCCUGUAAUUCCAGCUACUCAGGAGGCUGAGCCAGGAGAAUAACUUGAACUAGGGAGGCAGAGGUUGCAGUGAGCUGAGAUGGCAUCAUUGUACUCCAGCCUGGGCAACAAGAGUGAAACUUCAUCUCAAAAAAGAAAAAAAAAAAAAGAAAAGAA